AUGGAGUGGUUGGAACAGAUGCGGAAAUCUGGAGCUGCGUAUUUUGGGAACCUGAGUAAAGUUCAUAAUGGGGCAAUACAAGUAAUGAAGGAAUUGGAGACUAAAAUAAUUAAAAACAAUGCUAAUUAUCCCCUGCCUGUCAUCUCGUGGAGGCUGUUCGAAGCGCGCCUCGGGUUGAGCAACUUCAUUGCAUUCGCCAACCGUGUGUGGGCGUGUUGUCAACAGUCGUGUGGAAUAGUGAUAAAGUCGUGCUUUGAAGAGGAGGACAAGUAUCUGCAAUACCUAACUCAUAUCACUGGAAAACCAGUGAUUAUAGCUGGUCCAUUAAUGCUGCCCGAAGCCGGGGCGCCAAGGGAGAAUACGUCCGGAGAUUACCUGGUUGAAUGGUUGGACAAACAACGGCCCUCGUCGGUGGUGUUUGUAUCGUUAGGGAGAGAGUCGUUUCUAUCUGCGGAGCAGACAACGGAAUUGGCGUUAGCACUGGAGGACAUCGGGCUGCCCUUUCUCUGGUUUUUGCGAUCUCCUGAGGGGACGUCCUCCGCGUUGUCGUUGUUGCCCGAGGGUUUCGAAGGCCGGACACGUGACCGGGGGCUAGUGGUUGGUGGGUGGGUGCCUCAGGUGAGUAUCGUUUCGCAUCGUUCCGUGGGAGGCUAUGUGACCCACGGUGGGUGGAGCUCGGUGAUAGAAGCGUGGCUCUACUCUGGGUUACCAGGGGCUUAA